CAGGCCAUAAGAGAUUUAGAGGGUGCACUCACCAAGAAUUCUUGAAAUAUUUGCGCGUCGUCUUCCAUAGAUAACUGAUUCUUGGCAUCCAGGUUCAGCCUAAAAUUCCAGAUUCGUACUAAUGAUUCCACCUACCGCACUGGUUGUUGAUGAUUCAGAAUUUAUGCGUAAGUUUCACACUUGCCAUCUAGAAUCUCUUGGUUUCCAAACUCAGGAGGUUGAGAACGGCAAAGAAGCAGUGCGACUCCAUGAGGAAGGAAAGAGAUUUGAUGUAAUCUUAAUGGAUUACGAGAUGCCAGAAAUGAAUGGGGCACAGGCCACGAGUAAAAUUCGCGAAAUGGGAGUUCAAAGCGUCAUCCUUGGUGUUUCGGGUAUUGAUGAUGAAACUGUUCGAGCAAGUUUUGUUCAGUCAGGCUUGACGGAAUUUUUCAGCAAGCCCUUACGUCGUCAUAUGCUAAUCCCUUAUUCAAGGUUCGCAUAGAGGUCGAUUGUUGAGAACAAUAUGAGAGAAUUUAGACAUCUAGUGAUUGAGACAGAAUAAUGAGAAGAAGUAUAUUAAUUUCUUCUUUGUAGUUGCUACUAGUGAAGAGCAACCUAGGAGUAUUACAAAUUACUCAUAUCUAUCAAUAUCAAUGCAAUAAA